AGAGAUGUGACGUCAUAAAGCUGCGCGCGCUAGCGCGUCUGUGAGUUGGCUGAAGAAAGGACAGUAUUCAAAGACACAGAAAAACUCCAGCUGAAGAGACUGAGACACACACUGUUAUAAAAAUGGAGUUUAUUAAAGAGGAGAGAGAAGACAUGAAGAUUGAAGAAAGAUUCAGAGUCAAACAUGAAGACACAGAGACACACACUGUUAUAAAGUUGGAGUUUAUUAAAGAAGACGUGAAGAUUGAAGACACAUUCAGAGUCAAACAUGAAGACACAGAGACACACACUUUUAUAAAGAUGGAGUUUAUUAAAGAGGAGAGUGAAGACGUGAAGAUUGAAGACACAUUCAGAGUCAAACAUGAAGAUACUGAGGAACAAACAGACAGUUACAGUGAGGCAAGAUUAAAACUACCUGAAGCUGCCGAACACACAGACCUUGCAACAGAUAGGGAGGAUUCCCCAAUUAAACCCAAACGAAGAAGAAUGCCAAAGAACCUACUUUUUCCUGGAGAAGAUGAGGAUGAAGAAAUUAGUGUUGAUCAGUCAAAAGAUAAUGCAAAGAAAAGAAAAGAAGAACUGCCUAGAGCUCCGAAGAUCUUUCACUCAUUUUCUUCUGACUCCCAAAGGAUGCAGAAGACUGGAUCUACUCUGAAGUCUGUGUUGGCCAAAUCUAAGCCAACAAAAUUAAGUCACUCUCCCCCUGACCCACUGCAAAGAAGCUGCAUUUCCCCUGAUCGGCGUCAGAGAGGGAUUGUUUAUCACCAGCCACAAGGACUAUUAAGACAUCAAGCUGUUCUUGAAACUUCCCUCCUGCGUAACAUUCUCACAAAUCAAGAGAUCAUGAUGGACCAAAUGAAGAUAAUCUAUAGGACAGUUCAGGGUCUAAAAUCUGUCAGUGAAGAAGACAUAGGCCUUGAAGCAAACCUACUGCCAGUAGCUGAUCUUCAGUCUCUGCAAAACUUGGAGGAGCUAUUGAGAAAAUUUCCUGACUUUCAAAAGCAAUUGCUGCUGUGAGAAAAAAUCGCCUCACACAACAUGCCACCGAUCAGGAGAUUGAAUCAACCAUUCAAAGAUGGCUUCAGCUUGCUCCUGAUCGAGAUGGAGGAAGGAGAGAGCGCUUAAGGAAAAAAGAGGCCCAAAUAGGAUCACUUUCUCCCACACACGCACAUUCUGAUGUGUAAAUUUUUUUAAUUUGCUCUAUGUUUGUUUAGAGUAAAUAAGAUUAUAAUGUUCAAAUUUCAGUACUAGAUUUAUUUUAGAUUCAUUUAGUUAGGUAGCUCAUAUAGUGUUCACACAGUUGCACAACUCUAGCUGUCCUUUCUUUUCUUUUUUUGGCUUGUGCAUUACUAAAGCUUGAACAUUUUGAAAUUAUAUGCUCUUUUACGGGUUGUAAUAAGAUGUUACACUUCGAAUGUACAAAAUAAAAUAGCAUUCACACUGUUACACAAUUCUAGGUGUAAUAUAUAUAUAUUCUUGGCUGGUAUUAUUGUUAAAAUUUAAAUUGAAUAAAAUAUAGAAUUUUUCUGUAACUU